AUGGAAGAAGUUGUUGACGAGGGUGUAUUAGAUCGACAAAUGGGAUACGUAUCAAUACCGCUUUAUCCCUUGAGACAUAACAAACCAAUUACGCUAAAUCCCAUAGAAAUAUGA